AUGUUUACAAGAAUCGUUGCCAUUAUUUUUGUUGCGAAUUUCGGUAUCCUUGUCGCUGGUGGGUCCGUCAUAAAGCCCAAGCCGGGGAUACGAUUUCUUGAACCAAUUUUGAAGUGUUACGGAGAUGGGCAAAACGGUAAUAUGGGUCGCCCCCAAUCGGAUGACGAAAUCAUAAAAAUGGUCUGCCAGGAUAUGAAGGUAGGUACAGCGGUUACUACCAUUUACGUUGGGUCCCAAGCCUCUGUUUCAAAGCGAGGCUAAGUGCCAAACUAUUGAUUUGAAAAAAAAUGAUUUUUUAUUCUCAUUCGAUAAAACUCAUUUUCAAAAGAAAAGUUUUGCACUUUCCCUGUUAGCACUAAGUGAAACUGGCCACAAAAAUCGUCACAAUCACAGCUUUCAAAACAUGAACUAUCUCACUUAAAUCGAUGUACUGCACUUGUGGGAAUUCAACACACGACAUCGCAAAGACAAGUUAAUCAUGAUUUUUUUAUACAUUAUCAAGCUGCCUGAAAUAAUGACUGCAACAGAUUCCAGGGCAGAUUAAAAAUAUAUAUAUUUAAUUUGUUGGUUAAUUAUUAACAAACCCAGUCUUACUUCCAUUGAGGGGACGCUUGCCAUAGUCUCGAGGGUGUCCCCUGAGUUGAGGUUCCACUGUAGCUAACAAAAAACGUAUUCAAUAUUGCUGUCUGAUUAAGGAUAUGAAGAAUUUUGGAGAUAUUGAGGACGUUAUCCACCUCAGCCGUUAACACUAUCCUCCAUCAGCAAGCACAACUUCGUAUUUUCAUCCGAGCUAACCCAAAAUUUUUAAAAUAUUUUCCACCGGAAACCAGCCGAAAAUUUGACCAUGAAGCUAAGAUCAGAUAUCUACUGCCAAGUGAUUACGGAAGUGCAAAGCUUUCGUUUCGACUUCUUUUUGUGUUUUGUAUAUUUUCAGGAAUGGGAUCCAUGCCUUGCAGACGCCAUUAAAGCAGAACCAGCCCCUGUCCCUAAGGUUUUCAACUUCUUUGCCCUGACUGCAUACCAGACAAGCUAUCUUUAUAAGCGAUCAAAUCUGUGUCCAAAACUAACUUAUGGACGUGUAAAGAAAAUUACAGAGGACUCGGGUAAGUAG